GCCCCCUGCGGCAGGAGGUGGCCGGGGAGCUGCUGCCGCUUGUAUGGCGCGUCGGUAAUUAUCUCUUUCCAACUUUGAAGCUCUGUCAUCCUUGUCAAGGCCUAUAAGAGCAGCUAAGAAUAUGAUAGUGCCCACAGCUCAAUAGAGGGUUCUGCCUUCACAAAUAGGAACUUCAUGCCCAAGUACAUUUACAGGUUGAAGAGAUGCUUUUGACAGGAAGCUUAAAAUCUCUGCUUCCACAAGCACUGAGAAGAAUAAUUCGAUGCAAUAGACUUAGUAUUAGUAAUACUUCUGGAGCUGCAGAGGGCUAUAAACAGGCAAAUGUUGUGAUUUUGCACAAAUCGCUUGCUGAUGACUUUGAAAAGUUUUGCCAUGCAAACAAAGGGCCCCUGCCAUUGCUGUACAGAAGUAAGCCAGGUGACUGGAAAUGCCCUUCUCUAAGUAGUGAUUCUGAUAUCAGAACUGACUGCCUACAGUACAGGUUAUAUGAGUAUGGAGCUUUUACUGGAUCUCUAAAAAGUCUAAAGGAGUAUGCUGAACAACUUCAGGACAUGGUGACUUUCUAUUUAGGCUGCAGCUUCUCCUUUGAAAAAGCACUACAGAAUGCUGACAUUCCUGUAAGAAACAUUGAGCAGAAGUGUAAUGUAAGCAUGUACAAGACAGCUGUGCCUUGCUACAGUGUUUCUACUUUUUGCUGCAACUUAGUAGUUACAAUGAGACCUAUUCCUGCAAACAAAUUAGAAGCAACUGUACUAGCAACCUCUCAGUUGGAAGAAUCCCAUGGAGCACCAGUUCAUGUGGGUAACCCUGGUUUGUUGGGAAUACAAGAUCUUUCCAAACCAGACUAUGGAGAUCCAGUUCAUUUUCACCCCGGUGAUAUCCCAGUGUUUUGGGCCUGUGGAGUAACAGGAGUAGAAGCAAUCAUCAACUGCAGAUUACCAUUAGCUUUUACUCAUUCUCCUGGCUGUAUGUUCAUUACUGACCUAAAGAAUGACGAUAUCACAGUCAGGUCCUCAAGAGGAGUCCCACAAGUCCACUGCAUUUCUCAAGAUCCUUUACAUUAUAGUAUUGUAUCAGCAGAAGCAGCACAAAAGAUAAAGAUGCUAGAAAGCCUAAUUGGAAUAGAUCCAGGAGACAGGGGUGUCGUUCAUUUACGCCGCCAGGAUGAGCUGCUGAAGUCCUGCCUGUCCAUCUCCCAUGCUCGAUCAGUGCUGGUAACAACUGGAUUUCCCACCCACUUCACUCACGAGCCACCUGAAGAGAAUGACGGACCCCCAGGAGCCUUUGCUAUCGCAGCCAUGUUGCAGGCCUUGCAGAAAGAUGUUGCCAUAGUAACAGAUCAGCGAGCCAUGAAUCUGAACAGGAAGAUUAUGGAAGAAGCUGUUCAGCUAGGAAUCCUGAAGAGACCUAUCCCUCUACUGAGUUUUCAAAAGGAAAGCACAGAUUCAGCUUUGAUGUUUUUAUGCGAGAAUGGGAAUCGUGGAAAACCUAAAUUUGAUCACCUGAUAGCAAUAGAGCGUGCUGGGAUGGCUGCUGAUGGCAAUUAUUACAAUGCUAGGAAAGUUAAUAUUAAACACCUAGUGGAUCCUAUAGACGAACUAUUUUUAGCUGCAAAAACCAUCCCAGGAGUUAAAACAACAGGUGUUGGAGAUGGAGGAAAUGAAUUAGGAAUGGGCAAAGUAAAAGAUGCUGUAAAGAAGUACAUAAAAAAUGGAGAUGUUAUAGCUUGUGAUGUUGAAGCCGAUUUUACUGUGGUAGCUGGGGUCUCAAACUGGGGAGGCUAUGCCAUUGCUUGUGCUCUGUAUAUUCUCAGCACUUGUGAAAUACAUGAUCGCUAUCUGAGGAAAGCUGUUGGGUUUCCACAGUUAUCUAAGAAGAUGGUCUGGCUAUCUGCACUUCCAUCUGUUACAAAGGAAGAAAAGUUUCUGAAAACACUUGUGCAGCAUGGUGUCCGCAGUGGAAGAACUGGCAGUCUAGAAAUGGAAGUGGACGGGCUGCCCUUCUACAACACGCAUUCGCUUAUGAUUGAAAAGCUGCUGCAAGAAGUGCAGCAGUGACUGCCCCUAAUGAUUUCAAAAUCAGGAAUUUCUCCUAUUUUAUUUCCUUAUUCCUAAUCUAUUUACAGGUUAGAAAAAAAAUCAGAUAGAGAUGGUUCUAUGUCUCUUAAGUAUCCGAUUUUUCAUGUUUAGUGUCUCAACCAUGCACAAACUUUUAUCGUUACCCUUACAUCUCCGAGAAGCGGGAAGGGGAUAUGAUCAUGAGCAUUUGAUUUGCCUUUUUUUCUCCUGUAAUCUUAUAAUAGAUAAUGGAUAUUAAAUGAUAUUAUAUACUAAGAGGUGAUCUGGCUUUACAAAGAAAAAUUAUAAUUAAAAUGAAAUGUUAUUGAA